GGUGCAGGGCGGCAGGGGGCGUGUGCGGUGCGAUCUCCGGGCCGCCGCUCCCCACCGCGGCGGCUGGGCAGGAGGCGGCGCCGCCCCGGGCGGGGGCGCGUUACACAACCAUUACAUAAUAAAUAAGCCGGUGCGGGGGGGCCGGCGCCCGCGACUGGGGGAGGAAGCGAGCGAGGCAGCGCCGCCCCCCGGGCCCGAGCCUGCCGGGAAGGAGGCGCGGGCAGGCGGCAUGGAGUAGGGGCCGGGCCGGCCCGGCGAGCGGAGCGGGCGGCAUGGAGCUGAGCCCGGGGCCCUGCGCCGAGAUGCUGCAGGUGGCCGAGGAGGCCUUUCGUGGCGGCAACUUCGAGCUGGCGGCCGAGAUCUACGGCUCGCAGCUGGCCGAGCUGCCGCAGCCCGAGCGGGGCCUCUGCCUGCGCCGGGGGGACGCGCUGGCCCGCGCCGGCCGCAUGGCCGAAGCCCUGGAGGCCUACAGCGCCGCCGCCCGGCUGGCCCGCCUGCGGCCCGAGGAGCUGCGGGAGCUGGCGGAGAGCCUGGCCCUCAGCCUCCGCGAGAAGGCGCUGCGCCUGCCGCCCUGGCCGGGCGGCGGCCCCGAGGGGGCGGGCGAGGUCCUGGGCGACCCCGCCUGCUGCCGCCCGCCGGAGCUGCUCGGCUGCCCCCUGUGCCGGCGGCUGCUCUGCGAGCCGGUGACCCUGCACUGCGGCCACACCCAGUCGCCCGGACGCUGUGCCGAGCCCGGCGACUGCGGCCGCUGCCACCGGCCGCGGCGCGUCGCCGACGCCCCCGGCCCCGCCAGCGCCCGGGUCAACGUGGUGCUGGGCAACCUGCUGGAGAAGUGGCUGGAGGGGGAGAGCCGGGCGCGGCGGCUCCGCGCCGAGGGAGACGAGCUGCGGGACAAGCAGGAGCUGCCGGCCGCGCUGGAGAAAUACAACCAGGCCCUGGAGACCGCUCCCUGCAAAUGUUCGUUAAUAGCACAACGAGCAGAACUGUGGAUAACCAUGAAAAACUAUCAACAAGCUCUCCAUGAUGCAGAUGCACUCUGCCAAAACAAACCCCUCUGGCCCAAGGGUCAUUAUGUGAAAGCACAAGCUCUUUCUGGAUUGGGAAGGACUGAAGAAGCACUGAAGGAGUUUCUUUAUUGUGUUGCCCUAAAUCCUGAAUGGAGCUUAAUGAAGAAAGAAGCCCAAAAGAUAAUGUGCGAGAUGUUUUUCCCAGCCUUUGAAAAUGUGCAUGACAGCCUCACUGCACCUUUCUCUAGUCGGACAAGGUUGAAACCUGCAUUUUUAAGCAGCUUAAAUACUGUUGAAGAUGGUUCUGCUGCUGGGUGCUCUGAGGAUACUGUAUUCAGAUUAACAAAAGCCCUGUCCCAAGAGCCCGAUGUACUUCGCACUAAUUCAUCUCUCUCUCACAAUGUACUGGAUUUGCAUUUUGAAGACAAUAAAAAGUCAUUGGGAACAAUCCUCUCCAGCUUACCUAGUGCACGUUUAAAAAGAAAGCUAUCCAGUGACUUGAUGGAUUUACAAAGCUUGGAUGUCCCUAAUAAGAUUCCUAAAAAAGAUGGAGAUACUGUACUUGAAAACUCUGCCACCUCUGCAUUACGUGAGAUACCAGCAAUCCUUGUGGAUGCAUCUGACUUCGAGUGUUCCCUCUGCAUGAGGUUAUUCUACGAGCCUGUUACCACUCCCUGUGGACAUACGUUUUGUCUCAAAUGCCUUGAGCGUUGCCUUGAUCAUAACCCGUAUUGCCCACUCUGCAAAGAAAAGCUCUCUGAAUUUUUGGCAAGCAGAACUUAUAAAAAGACUGUCCUUACAGAAGAACUAAUAGUUCGUUACUUGCCGGAAGAAUUGUCAGAAAGAAAGAAAGUUUAUGAAGAAGAAAUGAAGGAGUUAUCAAAUUUGAAUGAAGAUGUUCCCAUCUUUGUGUGUACCAUGGCCUUCCCUACCAUCCCUUGCCCACUUCAUGUCUUUGAACCUCGGUAUCGGCUAAUGAUAAGAAGAUGCAUGGAAACUGGUACCAAACAAUUCGGCAUGUGCUUAGCUGAUGAACUAAAAGGGUUUGCCGAUUAUGGCUGCAUGCUAGAGAUCAGGGAUGUAAAGUUUUUUCCUGAUGGGCGUUCAGUUGUUGAUACAGUUGGUGUUCGUCGGUUUAAGGUCUUGAACCAUGGUCAACGGGAUGGGUAUAACACUGCGAACAUUGAAUAUCUUGAAGAUAAAAAGGUGGAGGGAGCAGAGUAUGAAGAACUUGUCCGUCUUCAUGAUUCGGUUUAUGAUCAAGCUGUUGCCUGGUUUACUUCCCUUAAAGACAACAUGAAAGCACAAAUUCUCAAUCAUUUUGGAUCAAUGCCAGGAAAAGAAUCAGAGCCACAGAGUAAUCCCAGUGGCCCAGCCUGGUACUGGUGGCUAUUGGCAGUGUUGCCAUUAGAAAACAGGGCUCAGCUGGCUAUACUUGCUAUGACUUCCCUUAAAGAUCGUCUUAUUGCCAUCAGACGUGUAUUAAUAUUUGUAACACGCAAGAGACCCAGAUGACAUGGACUUAGCUGUGAACAGGCACUGACUGUAUGUUGGGAGAUAUGGUUUUAAAAACUGUCAUGCAGAGAUGAACAGUUCUUUCUGGCUGUGUCUGACAUUCACUAUUCUGGAUGUUCACCAUACUUUGCACUCUACUCUGUAAUUAACAAGCACUCUGUGCCUGUCGUCCUAGUGAAAUCUGAGCCCCUAUGAAGUUGUGCUACAAUUACAAUGUAGUUGGUAGUUGUGGAUAACUACUUUGAAGUACUAUUCCUAAUCAAGAAUUGAUGUUUCUAGCCUGUGAGAGACUGAGUUUUAAGUACUAGAACACCACAAAUGGCCUAUGUGCAGUUUGGAUUUACACUUCGCAAGAAUUAUUUUCCCUUCAAUGGAUCACAGACUGAAGAUGGACUUAUUACAAUUUUCCUGAGAUGGUCAGCAGAAGGGAAACUGAACUUUCCUGUUGAUAAAGAAUGCACAAAGUGCAUAGCUGACAGGAUGUUCUCUUAAUGAGUUGGUAGAUUCUCUCUGCACUUUGAUCUACUUGUUCUAGAAAUAUUGGUCUAUAAAACAAUUUUCAAGAUUAAGGUUUUGGAGGUUGUCCAGGAGCGUAGUAUUUACAUGGUCAUGGCUGUGUGUCAGAAAGAGUAGUAGCUACUGAACAGCAAUUUGGUAGUCUUAAGUAAUCCCUUGUGUUGUGAUUUGCAUGUUGUAGUGGAAUGAGUAUCAAAAGUGUGCAUUUAUUUUUAUAAAAUCAAAGUAAUCCCAGCUGGUCUGUUAUCACUAAACACAAACCAAACAAAUUCUCUAAAACAUGAAACUAGUCAAAGGCUGUUGUGAAAUAGCUAUUUCACUCCAAAUUCUGGGAAAGCGUGCUGUAGUACUCAGCUGAUGUGUAUUCUUAAAGUAAACUUGGCUAGGAUAAGCAUUGGGGAAGAUUCCAUUUCCCUUCCCACCUUCAAAUGAUGUGCCAAGCUAAUGUUACAUCAGAACAAUAUUUGUUAGAACUGUGUUUAAAAGUUAGGGUUAUGUUUUAUAUCAUAAGUACUGCACGUGGUUAGAACCUUGGUCUGUGAUGACAUCAUAGAAGGAGGUCCAAACUAAACUCUAACAAAAGGCAAGUCUCAAUGCAAGCUUAAGUCAGGUGUCCCCUUCAUUUGUUUGUCUUAGUUUUUAAUAUAUUGGUUGUGUUAAUAUCUAUCUUUGAUAGCUAUUGAAUAUGUUGCUGGUUAGUCAAACUACUUAGUUUUCUAAAUAGCCACUGAAAUAAUGAACAGUGUUACUAAUUUGUGUAGCUUCCUAUAAGUAGAAGUAAUUUUACCAACAUGAAAAGUUAGCCAGAAUCUGUGCGCUUGAAGUAUAGCGAGAUGCUUUUAGAGACACUUGUUCAUGUGCAACACUCUGGUAUGAUAAAAAUGGUGUCUUAUCGACAUGUUUAAAGUGCCUAGUUUUUAGUUUGCUUUAAAUCUUUUGUUUUGUUUUUGUCCAUGAAGAUAUAUAUUAAAAAUUUGCACAUGAGUUCUGGAAGAAAACUGCAUAAACAAAUGCAUUAACAUGUAUUGACUGCUUUCUUGGAUACUGUAAUUACAACUUUUGUGGUCUGGGAAACUCAAGUAUCUAGUACAGUGGGUUUCAAACUUUUUUCAUUUGAGGUCACUUACAAAAAACUUCAAAUGGAGGUGUGGACCCCUUUGGAAAUCUUAGACACAGUCUAUGGAUCUGCAGGGGGUCCAUGUACCACAGGCUGAAAACCAGUGAUCUAGUUAACUUUUCUUUCAGCAAACCUUUACCAGAAACAGUUUCUGUAACCUGCUCUGAAUGUACUGUAAUUGCCUCUACCUUGAACGCGCCUUUUCUAGUUAAAUAGUGAUUUGUAAUUUAUCCUUUCAAUUGUGAAGUGCAUAACUUACAACCAAUGAUGUCGUAAUCUCCACAAUAGCCUUGCUGCAAGUUCUGCUACCGUCAUAAGAGUACUAAAAGUAAAAGCUGUAUGAGAUUCCUGAGAGGGUUGAGAAGGCAUCCGAGCCCCAAAGCUGCAAACAAAACAGCUUGAAGUCUUAUGGGGCACUUCCCCCUCCAUCCAUGCAUUAGUAACUCUCAUACUUCACCCCAGUGUUUUUCCAGUUAACCCAUUUUAGACUACCAGCUCUUUAGGUAGUUCACCUUCAGAGUUUGGCAACCCAACUCCUUUUCAGUUGGGAAAAUGAAUUCUCUUUGUGAACUUUCACAUUGUUUUUUAUUCUGUAUGCCACUCUUGUCAUCAUUGUCCUUGCUGUCUUUUUCUUACUCGUCCAUGUCUCUCUCCUUGUCGUUCAUGCAUUGAGUUUUAAUGUUUUGGCUGCAAAGGGACAUUGACAGAAUCAUGCAAUCCUAGACCUUGCACCUGCACAGUGUUACAUAUGAGCUUAACCUUACACAGAUAUGCAUCCUUUUAGAAUUGAAAUGUUAGUUGCUGUCUCCUGGAUUCUAAUUACUGAAGGCAAUGUGAAUUUCUCCUCUUUGCAAAAGCCCGUGAUUUAAGAUCUCUGUCCUUUAAGUACUUUUAAAAGUGACACUACAAAACAAAAUGUUACCUUUAAUACAUCAUGGAACAGCAAUAAAGAAGACGUAAGAUUGUCUAGCUUUUUUGCAUUAAAUUACAUUACAGUCUAAGGAUGCCAGGAUAACUAAUGAAAUGUCAUCACUUGAGUGAAAGCUGAGCGACAGAAUUUUUGGUGAGUUUUAAACUAUUUCUAGCACAAUGGGAUCCUGGUCCAUGACUGGGGCUCCUGGUGUUAUGUUAAUACAAAUAAUUAAUAUUUGUUUUUAAACACUUAAGUGACUAACAUUUUGGAUAAAUAAUAUGAAAUAGUCCGUAUCUGUAUGCAAAUGUUAAACUAACAACCCAAACUCAGUUUCUUCCAAAACCUCAAAUACUGGAUCAUAUAGUAAAGCUAAAAAGAAGCCCUAUUCAUGGGCACAUAGUCUCUAGGGGUAGAGUGCAUGCUUUAUUCCUACCAAGUUCUCCGUCGUGGUUUGUGCAGCAGCAAAUAGAUGGAGGAACAAGUUGCCUCUUCUCUGGAUUAGAGGCAAAUGUCCAUAUUGCAGCUAUCUUACAUCUUUACUUAGUUCUGGUCUCCAUGGUACAGUAUUGAAACCGUGAGCUAAGGAGCUGGAAAAAGAAAGGGGGGAGGGAUUGCUCAGUGGUUUGAGCAUUGGCCUGCUAAAUCCAGGGUUGUAAAUUCAAUCCUUGAGGGGGCCAUUUAAGGAUCUGGGGCAAAAAUCUGUCUGGGGUUGGUCCUGCUUUGAGCAGCGGGUUGGAUUAGAUGACCUCCUGAGGUCCCUUCCAACCUUGACAUUCUAUGAUUCUAUGAAAAGACAGGUGUUCUGCUGCCCUUUAACACACUACAUUUUUCAUACUUAUUUCCUAGCUUGGGCAAUGUGGUAGGAAAGUCUCCACUUUGGAGAGAUCCUUUAUACAUCAUAAAGAAACAAAAAUGUCCAAAUCUAUUUUUUUCCCCCUUGUGAGUCACCUGUAAGACUUCACAAAAUAUUUUGUAGCUUCACCUUUCAAGAAGCAUGUACAUUGUGCCAUCAAGGCCUUUGUUAUCUACUGUAUUUUAACAUAUCCAGUCUGUUUCAUUUAAUCGAUUGCUUUGGACUUCUAACAUGCUGAUGAUCAGUUCGGUUUCUUACUGCUUCCCUUUCUCAUGCUCGAGUCCAUUUUGAAACUGAAAUAUAAAGCUAUUGUUCAAAAAGCUGUACACUCGGUUCAUAUUACCUUUCACACUGGUGGAAUUGGUAUUUGGUAGCGCCUUAAAUUUGCAGUUGUGAAAUGAUUGUAUCAAUAAAAAAAUCUCAUCUGGGGCUUGUGACCAGAUUAAAACAAGUAUGUGUAAUGUAGAUAAACUUGAAACAAUUUUUUUACUGUUUUAAAGCUAGUUAGGAAACUGUAUGUACAUAUGUAUAAAUAUAAAUUAAACCGCCAUUUUGUAUUUAGUAAAUUCAGGACAAGUCCAUGUUCUAACCACAUUUGGUACUUGUUGCAUAAGCAAAGCCAACCUUUUUUUUAAAAAUUGCAAUGUUCAUUUCAUGUAUAUUUGCAAUGUUCAUGGGAAAUGUAUUUAAUUUAUGUGACAUUUUGAAUAAACAGAUCACAUUUA